AUUACCCAGAAUCCAGUUCCACUGGAAGACAGUUAUUAAAAACGAAAGUAAAUCUGUUCUUUGUUACCUUCCCACAAGGCGGUUAGAUUUUUAGUCGUUGAGGUCAAUAGUGAAUAAUACCUGUGAAGGACAAAAACAUUCGACCUAGCUACACCUGGUUUUGUCGGUGCCAGCAUGGACAGACGGAUGUUCUUUUGGAUAGUUUUGGAGCUUGUUGCUUCAACAUGUAGCUCUGCUCCUGUUUCAGAAAGUAUUGCUGUUUCUGUUGGAGAUUCCACCUCGGUGGGACUCGGCCAAACAGUCCUCAUGCCCUGCUGGCUCAGUCCACCCCAAAACGCGGACAAUCUGGAGAUCCGCUGGUAUCGUGGGGACAAUUUUGAAACUCCGGUCAUUCUUUAUAUGCCAGGAAAAGCUGAUUGGGUCUCCAUGGAUGAUUCAUUUGUCGGACGAGUCUCAUUUGACGUAAAGGACUCAACGUCUGGAGGCCGUAAAACGGGAGAUGGUACCUUAAAGCUGACAAAUGUUACGAUUAAAGAUGAAGGGAAAUAUACGUGUUAUGUCAGCAGUCUGCAGGAACACGACAGUGCAAGUAUGAAUCUCUAUGUGACAGAAACAGGAAGCCUCCCUGUUCUGUCUGCAGUGUGGAGAGAAGACAACACGGUGAAUGUGAGCUGUGAAUCUGAAGGCUGGUUCCCUCAGCCUGAACUGCGCUGGUCAGAAGAUCCAGACAAAGACAGAGCGACGUUUGUCAGGGACUCCUCUGGUCUUAUCAGAGUCCACAGCUGGAUUCUGGUUUCAGCUUCAUCUGAGGUUUCAUGCUCAGUUGGUCUGCCCAACACAAAGGGCCUCACAGUCAGACUCCAUCUGGAAAAGAACAUACCACCUCCACCAGAGGAAUCUGGAUCCUCCACAGCUGGAUGGAUUGCAUUCACAAUACUUCUAAUCAUUAUGAUGGUGAUGGUCAUUGGAUUCAUGUUUUACAGGAAGAAAGUAAAAACAUCAGCUGAAUCUAAUGAAGGAAAGAAUCAAGGAGAAGAUCAAACAGACGAAAAGAAAUCAGAUGAAUGUAUUGAAGAGAAAGAGACACUUUUGCCUAAAGAUACGUCACCACCGUCAGAUCUGUCAUCUUUUUCUCAGAAUUAUGUUAAUAUUAAACUGGAGAACACAAAUGAAUUUCUCACAAUAAAAGAGUGUCUACUAAGAGACAAACAGGGAAUAACUUUUCCAGAUGGAGAGAACACAAAUGAAUUUCUCCUAGUGAGAGAGUGUCUACUAAGAGACAAAGCGGGAAUAACUUUUCCAGAUGGAGAUAGAGUUACUUGUAUCACAGCUAUCAAAGGGACUCCAGGUUUCUCUCAUGGAAAAUAUUACUGGGAAGUUUCUUUGAAGAAACCAAAUGUUCCCGUCAAACUGUCCUGGUGGAUCGGAGUCACAAGUUCUCCUGAAAUCCCUCAAAAAGUCGAUUUCUCUCCAAACGCAUCAAAUGGUUUCUGGUUCCUGUCUUCUUCUCCUGAAGAUGAAGGUCAUCUUCAGUUCAGCACUGUACCACAGGUGUGUGUACCUGUUCACUCCAGACCACAAACAGUGGGUGUGUAUCUGGAUUAUGAAAAGGGAGAGCUCUCUUUUUAUGAUGUGGACCGUAAGAGUUUCAUCGGAUCAUUGACGGCUGAAUUUGAAGGACAAGUCUUUCCAUUGUUUAAUCCUGGAAAAGGGUCACCUAUGAUGAUUUUACAAAGAACAGAGCAGAGUCAGAAUGUAGAUCCAGAUCCCAACAGGGAGACUGGUGUGCCAAAAGAAGACGAAGGAACUACAGUCAAAGAAGGUCAUGCUAAACCAUCUGCAGAUCCUUUAGAACAUUUUCAAGGUGUAGAAACUUCAGCUGCAGCUCCUCCUGAAGGACUUCAAGCUCCUCUACUCUCUACUGAUGGAUCUGUGGCUGUAGCAGCAAAUCAUUCAGAAUAUCUUGGUGUAAAAACUCCAACUGGAGCUCCACCCGGAGGACAAAAAUCUCCUCCACUGUCUGCUGAAGGAUCUAGAGCUCCAUUUCCAGAUCCCAAGGAGGACACUCUUGGACACUCUAAUGUAAAAACUCCAACUGGAGGUCCUCCUGAAGAACAAAACACUCCUCCAGUGUUUACUGAGGAAUCAAGAGCUCCAGCUGCAGAUCCCAAGGAGGACGUUCAAGGUGUGAAUGGUUCUGACGAAAGUCUAUAAAUAUGAAACACUUGACUUUUCCAUACUCUUUUUAUUUUAAAUAAUUGCUUUGUUUUUAAAAAAUUUAGCAAAUUGUUUUUAUAUAUAUACAUUUGUGUUUUGCAAUAAUCUUAACCAGCAGCAUUGCAUUCAACCAUACACAUCUUAUUAAGAAAAACACUUGCAGCUAAUAACAUUCUUAUGGUAUUAUUAUUUUUAAUCAAAUUACCCAUUAUAUAUAUAUAUAUGUGUGUGUGUAGUUUUUAUAAGGCCUGUGAAUUGUUUCUGAACAUAAGCAGCUACUGUUGAUUGUUUUGUAUUGAGCAUAUAACAAAGUAUUUGGAAUGUUGUACUGUGAGAGGUUUAAUGCAGCUAUUUUUUAAACACUAAAGCUUAAAACUUUGUCUUAACCUACAGCAUUACAUGUGAUUGUAAAUGUGCAUCUUUCACUUUGACAUCAGUGAAAUAUUAACCAUUUGUACCAACUAGAUUUUUAGGAUCUGGAAAUGUUCUGGUCUUCUUAAGAUGGACUUGGAUGCACAAAGAAAGAGGAAUAAAAACUGAUAUUUUUGCUUGUAGUACUGUGAAAAAUGAACUUUGUACAUGAAGCUCAUAUUUUGUAAAAUAAAAUAAACCAUCCUAGUGAAUAUAGUCA